AAAAAAAUGCAGUGAAAGUUAGAUGUUAGAAGAAAGCUUCCCCAAAUUGUAGCCCAAUAACGCUAACUUAAUACUAGAAAGAACAGAGCCAUCGUCGUCGUCGUCAUCAUCAGCAAAACUAAGAGUCAAAGCCCAAAGCCCGAGACCCUUCUUCUUCUUCAUUCCGAAAUCCUGAAUCUCUCCUUUUCUCUCUAUUCUUCCUGUCAUCGCAAUCUAACUCUUUGUUCUCAUUCCAAUAUUUCCCCCUUUUUUAGUUUGAUUCAAUUUAUUUAUUUUUUAAAUUUUGCCAUCAAAACCCUAGCUCAACUUCCUGCUUAAAACUCAAUCUGAAGCUUCACGUUAGCUCGUUCGGGUCGCUCAUGAAGUUUGCAUCUUGAAUUUGUUCAAAACCCUAGUUGUGAAUUGACGGAACUGGUGCUUCUGCAAUGCAGUUUAGUUUGUUCAGCAUUUUCUAGCAGUUCAAUGCUGGGGGCAGUAUGCCGAUGAUAGUUGGGAGAAAUGCAACGGUAUCAUGCUGCUGGCUGCACUAGUGCAGUUAAUAACAGUUCAAUUGGUGGGGCAUCAGCUAGGGAUAGUACCCGAGCUGAUUCAUCUUCUUUGCCAACUAAUUACUCCCUGAAUAGGCGGUCAUCUCAGUUAUCACCUUACAAAUUGAAGUGUGACAAAGAAUCCUUGAAUUCACGGCUUGGCCCACCUGACUUUCAUCCACAAACUCUAAAUUGUCCAGAGGAGACACUUACCAAAGAAUAUGUGCAAUCUGGAUACAGAGAGACUGUUGAAGGAGUUGAGGAGUCAAGAGAGAUAACACUGUCUGAGGUUCAACAUUUUUCCAAACCUGUUGUCUUCAAGUGCAAAGAGUCUAUCAGGAAAUGUCUGAGGGCUAUAAACGAGUCUCGUGCUCAAAAGCGAAAGGCCGGUCAAGUUUAUGGUGUUCCUCUUUCUGAUUCGCUAUUAACAAAGCCAGGUGUUUUUCCCGACCAAAGGCAAUGUAGUGAAGACGUCCGGAAGAAAUGGAUUGAGGGUUUAUCACAACAACACAAACGGUUGCGUUCCCUGGCUGAUCAUGUUCCUCAUGGGUAUAGGAAAAAAUACCUUUUUGAUGUUCUAAUAAGGAAUAAUGUUCCCUUGCUUAGGGCAACCUGGUUUAUCAAAGUAACGUGCUUGAAUCAGAUUCGACCUGGUUCAGGUAGUAUUUCUGGAGCAUCCGAUAAAGCGCAGUUGUCCCGCACUGAGUUGUGGACAAAAGAAGUCAUUGAAUACUUGCAGUCCCUCUUCGAUGAGUUUUUUUCAAAGAACAAUUCUCAUUCUACUUCACAUAUCAGAGAUCGGUUACCGCAAAUGUAUGCUGGGUCUGCACACUUAAGGGGUGAUCCAGGCUCAGCUGCACCUGAUAAUGAAGAGUCUUCUCUGCAUUUUAAAUGGUGGUAUAUGGUACGGCUUUUGCAGUGGCACCAUGCUGAAGGACUGAUCCUGCCUUCUCUUGUAAUUGAUUGGGUUUUCCGUCAGCUUCAGGAUAAAGAAUCACUGGAAAUUGUGCAGUUGCUUUUGCCCAUUAUAUAUGGUGUUUUGGAAACUGUUGUUCUAUCUCAAACAUAUGUGCGCACUCUUGUGGGAAUAGCUGUUCGUUUUAUACGUGAACCUUCUUCGGGUGGAUCAGAUCUUGUAGAUAAUUCCCGAAAGGCAUACACAACCUCUGCACUGAUUGAGAUGCUUCGAUAUUUAAUAGUUGCUGUGCCUGAUACAUUUGUAGCUCUGGAUUGCUUUCCAUUGCCAUCUUGUGUUGUUUCUCAUGUUGUAACAGAUGGAAGUUUGUCAAAGUCAUCUUCUGAGGAUGCGAGAAAGAUUAAAAUUGGCUCAUCAGAAGCUUCAUCUCUGUUUAGGAGUAAAGGUCUUGAUGCUCAGUACCAAUCCUUGGCCCUUAACUAUGUUGUUUCUUCUAUUCAGAAACGUGCUGAUAAUCUUUCAAAAGCUGCACGUCCUGGCUAUCCUGGUCAUAGUGUGGCUAAAGUUGCAGAGGCUUUAGAUAGAUCUCGUAUUCAAGGUGAUGUCAGAGGGGCUUAUAAGCUUCUCUUUGAAGAUCUUUGUGAAGGAGUUGCCAGUGAACACUGGAUUGCAGAAGUCAGCCCCUGCUUGAGAUCAUCACUGAAGUGGAUUGGGAGUGUCAACUUAUCAUUUGUUUGCUCUGUAUUUUUACUUUGUGAAUGGGCAACAUGUGAUUUCAGGGAUUUUCGGACUGCUCCUCCUGAUAAGCUGAAGUUCACUGGCAGAAAAGAUUUUUCUGAAGUAUAUGUUGCAAUUCGACUUUUGAAGUUAAGGCUAGGAGGUUUGCAGAAUUCACUUCGAUCCAAGAGUGACAACCCGUUUGGAGUUAAUAUUCUGACAAGAUGUUCAAGUCAGCAGAACAGAUUUUCUGUCAAAAACACCAUGGGAGAUUUGCAUGCCUUCAAAAGUAAUUUAAAAUAUGGAGACCAACGGGGUAUGAACAUAUCUUCAAUUUUUGAGAGCCCAGGUCCUUUACAUGAUAUCAUAGUAUGUUGGAUUGAUCAGCAUGAAUCAUGCAAAGGGGAAGGGUUUCAGCGUCUUCAGCUGCUUGUAGUGGAAUUGAUACGUGCUGGGAUAUUUUACCCACAAGCUUAUGUAAGGCAGCUUAUGGUGAGUGGAAUCAUGGAAAUGAAUGGAUCGAUGAUUGAGGCAGAUAGACGGAAGAGGCAUUAUCGAUUAUUGAAACAGUUGCCUGGGAUAUUUGUGCAUGAUGCACUGAAGGAGGCAGGGCUAGCUGAAGAGCCAGAAUUUUUGGAGGCCAUACAAGUUUACUCAAAUGAGAGAAGACUAGUACUUAGUGGACUUCUUUGCAAUCUAAAUAAACAGUUUAAUAAAACAAAUAUAUCAGCUCAAAAGCAAAAGUUUUGUUCAAUCUCCGGGAAGGAUGGUGCUUCAUCAACUUCGGCUGAUCAGUGGAAAUCUGUUCAGUCAUCAAAUUUAAUUUCAGGUAAAAAGGUAAACCAUGAGGUUGAUAUUGAAGAACUGAAGGAAGCAAUCUCAGUAGUGUUACAGCUACCAAACACUUUACUGAAAUCCACAGAUGCAGGACUUGAUGAAACACUUAUUGGUGUAAAAAGGUCAUCUAUGGCACUCUUUAACAAGAUGGAUUUGGGAGAAGGCACACCUGGGUGUGAAGAAUGUAAAAAAGCAAAGCGACAAAAACUGGGUGAGGAAAGAAGCUCAUGUCUCCAAGGACAAUCUUCGACUCUAUCUGAUGAUGAAGAUACCUGGUGGGUGAAAAAGGGAUCUAAAUCUUCGGAAUCUAUGAAGGUCGAUCCUCCGCUUAAGUCAAAUAAGCAGGUCCCCAGGAAUAGGCAGAAAUUACCCCGUAAGACUCAAAGUCUUGCUCAAUUAGCAAAUUCUAGGAUUGAGGGUAGCCAAGGAGCAUCUACAAGUCAUGUUUGUGAUAAUAAAGUAAGCUGCCCUCAUCACAGAUCUGGAAUUGAAGGAGAAAAUUCCAAGUCUGCUGAAGGGAUCAAAACUAACAAUUGCACAGAUGUUGUUUCAAUUGGGAAAGCACUAAAACAGCUGCGUUUUGUAGAGAAGAGAACAAUUUCAAUGUGGUUGGUCACUGUUGUUAGGAAGGUUGUUGAAGAGGCUGAAAAAUCCAUAUCCAAGGUUGGACAAUUAGGGAGGUCAUUCACUUCUGUUGAUGACAGGAAUGGCAUCCGAUGGAAGCUUGGUGAGGACGAACUAUCUGCCAUACUCUAUAUGAUGGAUGUUUCAAACGAUCUAGUGUUGGCCGUCAAGUUUGUCCUUUGGUUGCUGCCUAAGGUACUUGGUAGCCCUAGUUCCACAAUCCAUAGUGGGCGGAGCAGUCUCAUGUUGCCAAGAAAUGCAGAAAGCCAAGUGUGUGAAGUGGGAGAGGCAUUUUUGGUAUCAUCACUUCGAAGGUAUGAGAACAUACUUAUUGCACAAGAUCUUAUUUCAGAAGCAUUGUCAGCUGCAAUGCAUCGUGCUGCAGCUGUAAUGGCCUCUAAUGGAAGAGUUUCAGGUUCAUCAGUUUUGGUAUAUGCACGGUAUUUGUUGAGAAGAUAUGGCAAUGUGGCUAGUGUUAUUGAGUGGGAGAAAAAUUUUAAGGCAACAUGUGAUAAAAGGCUUGUUUCUGAAUUUGAGUCUGGACGGUCCGCAGAUGGAGAACAAAAGUUUCCGCUUGGAGUUCCUGCAGGAGUUGAAGAUCUUGAUGACUUUUUCCGUCAAAAGAUUAGUGGUGGCCGUUUAUCCAGAGCAGGUGCAAACAUGAGAGAUAUUGUGCAACGGAAUUUAAAUGUUGAGGAUGUUCAGCAGUUUUUUGGUAAAGAGAGAAAGGUCUUUGCUGCUGGGACACCUAAGGGUUCUGCUGCAGAAAAGUGGGAUGAUGGAUAUCAGGUAGCACAGAGGAUAAUUACAGACCUAAUGGAAUGCAUUAGGCAGACUGGUGGUGCUGCUCAGGAGGGGGACCCAUCUUUGGUGUCUUCUGCUGUUUCUGCCAUUGUUGCUAAUGUUGGGCCAAGUAUUGCAAAAUUGCCUGAUUUAAGAGUUGGAAAUGGCUAUCCAAAUGCUCCAUCUCCUACAGAUUCUAUAAACAUUGCCAAGCGUUUAUUGUGUAUCCAUAUAACAUGUCUAGGCCUACUUAAGGAAGCACUUGGUGAGCGCCAAACCCGUGUAUUUGAGGUAGCCCUUGCAACUGAAGCUUCUUCAGCCCUUGCUGUGGUCUUUGCUCCUGGAAAGGCAUCUCGAAAUCAGUUCCAGUCAUCUCCUGAAUCUCAUGAGUCAAACAGUAGCUUGUCCAACGAAAAUGCGAACAAUUCCACAAAAGUGGUUCUUGGUAGAGCUACUAAAUUUGCAGCUGCUGUUUCUGCUCUUGUUAUUGGGGCAGUGGUUCAUGGGGUCACUAGCCUGGAGAGAAUGGUAACUGUUUUAAGAUUGAAGGAAGGCUUGGAUAUAGUUCAAUUUAUAAGGAGUACAAGAUCUAGUUCUAAUGGCAGUGCCCGUUCAAUGGGUUUUAAGAUGGAUAACUUCAUUGAAGUUUAUGUUCACUGGUUUAGGCUGCUUGUUGGAAACUGCAGAACUGUAUCUGAUGGAUUGGUUGUGGAACUCUUGGGUGAACCUUCCAUAGUAGCUCUUUCCAGGAUGCAGAAUAUGCUUCCUGUUGUCUUAGUAUUUCCACCUGCAUAUUCAAUAUUUGCAUUUAUUAUAUGGCGACCAUUCAUGUUGAGUUCAAGCCUUUCAACCCGUGACGAUAUUAAUCAAUUGUAUCAAUCUUUAACUCUGGCUUUUAACGAUGCCAUAAAGCACUUACCUUUUCGAGAUGCAUGUUUGAGAGAUAGUCAGGGAUUUUAUGAUCUAGUAGCUGCAGAUGGAAGUGAUGCUGAAUUCGCAGCCAUUCUCGAGUUAGGUGGUUCUGACUUGCAUUUAAAAUCCAAGGCAUUUGUUCCUCUACGUGCAAGGCUUUUUUUAAAUGCUAUCAUUGACUGUAAGAUGCCAGAGGAUGGAAAUCGGGUCUCAGGACAUGGUGAAUUUAAAACUCAAUUUGCUGAGACUGAGAGAAAGCUUAAAGACAAGCUUGCACAUGUAUUGGAUACCCUGCAACCUGCCAAGUUUCGUUGGCAAUGGAUAGAGCUUCGGCUUCUUUUGAAUGAACAAACUCUUGUCGAGAAGCUCCGUACCCAAGAUAUAUCCCUGGCAGAUGCCAUACGUUCUUCAACACCUAGCCCGGGAAAAGCUGCUGCUUCUGAAAAUGAGAACAAUUUUAUCCAGAUCAUUCUCACAAGGUUAUUGGUUAGGCCUGAUGCUGCAUCCCUUUUCGCAGAUGUGGUUCAUCGUUUUGGGAGAUCUCUAGAGGAUUCUAUGUUAAUGCAUGCUAAGUGGUUCCUUGGUGGCGCUGAUGUUCUUUUGGGAAGGAAAACUAUUAGACAGCGUCUUAUUAAUAUAGCUGAGAGUGAAAUUCUUUCAACAAAAAGCCAAUUUUGUAAGUCUUGGGGAUGGUAUAAUUCUGAUUCUCACCCUGUGACAACUGGGGACAAAAAGAAAUUUGAAGCCAUCUCCCUUGAAGAAGGAGAAGUCGUUGAUGAAGGCUUCAAUGUCACCCAGCAGCAUGUGACAGAAAGGGCUCUCAUCGACUUACUUCUUCCCUGCAUAGAUCAAAGCUCUGAUGACUCCCGCAAUACGUUUGCAAAUGAUCUGAUUAAACAGUUGAAUAAUAUUGAACAGCAGAUAAAUGCUUUUACUCGUGGGAUGGAUAGGCAAGCAGGGUCAUCUCCUUCUGGAAUUGAAGGUCCGACGAGCAGAGGAAAUAACCGUAUAGCUAUUAGGGGUGGUAGUCCUGGACUAUCCAGACGAGCAGUAGCAAGUUCAGCAGAUUCUUCUCCACCUCCGCCUGCAGCUUUGCGAGCUUCUAUGUUGUUGCGAUUGCAGUUACUUCUAAGAUUGCUUCCUGGGAUUUGUUCAGAUGGGGAGCCAUCGGGAAGGAACAUGAGACACAUGCUUGCUUCGGGAAUACUCCGUCUUUUAGGGAAUAGAGUGGUGCACGAGGAUGUAGAGCUUUCCUAUAAUCCCAUUCAAACUUUGUCCAAGAAUGAGGUGGAAUCUUCAACAGAAACUUCCACUCCUGUCAUUGCUGACUCGCUAGGUGAAAGUCUCUUUGAUCGGUUAUUGUUGGUUCUACAUGGGUUGUUGAGCAGUUGCCAACCAAGCUGGCUGAGGUCAAAGCCUGCUUCCAAGUCAACCAAUGACCAUGCAAAGGAUGUUUCUAUAUUUGAUCGUGAAUUGGCAGAAACAUUGCAGUGUGACUUAGAUCGCAUGCAACUUCCUGACAUGAUUCGGUGGCGUAUUCAGACCGCAAUGCCAGUACUCCUUCCCUCUGUCCGGUGCUUUGUCAAUUGCCAGCUACCUUCUAUUCCAAAUACAGCCUUAGCAUCUCUUCAAUCCAGCAUCUCAACUUCUGGGUCAUACUCAGGAAGCUUAAUCACAUCACACAGGAAUCAAUUUCCUUUAGCUCGACCUGUAUCUAACAUAGCAGGGAAGUCUAAGUCAUCGCCCUUGCAGGAUUACGAUACAGAAAUUGACCCAUGGACACUCCUGGAAGAUGGUACAGGAUCAGGCCAAUCUUCAAGUAACAGUGGCUUGAUAAGCAGCGGUGAUCAUGCCAAUCUUCGGGCAUCUAGUUGGCUUAAAGGGGCUGUAAGGGUGAGACGGAAGGAUCUCACAUACAUUGGUGCUGUGGAUGAUGACAGCUGAAUCUAACAUCACUCCAUUUCGGAAUUUGAUUGGAGUGAGUAAGCCCCUCUUCAGGUAAUCUAAUGUUUUAAUUUGUUGUCCACAAUUGGUGUCAAGAUCACCAUGUUUUGUAUACCUCCUCUUUGACAACAGAGGAUCUGCAAAGAGGGAAUUUUUUUGGCGGGCCGUUGAGUUUGAAGGAGGAAUUUGAAGAUACAACUUCCCAUGCCAGUCCAUCCAACCCAGUCUCGAGCCUGCUUGACCACUAACCCUUUUGAUUAUCUCACAUCCAAACUGUGCUUCAUCUUUGUGCAGUUUGGAGGCUGUUGUAUAUAUAGAGAUAAUUGUUUCACUUUACCAAUUGAUUUAAGUAAAAUCUCUAAAGAAUGACCUGUAGCUGUUUGUUGUCAUAUCUAUUCGAGUCUUUACUUCCUAUCCCCUACUGCAUAUAAUAACAGCACACAUAUGUGUACGCCUAUUUGUACAUGUAUAUGUCAAAUUUGCAUGUUAAGUACUCGUUUAUUCUUAUUGCCAAGAUGAGAUGCAUUUGCUCUGGCUUCUGCCCAUUUUCUUUUAUGAAGCAAUUGUUAUAGUCA